CUGUCCAUGCAUUGCAUGUAAUAUGCAUGCAGCGGCAAUAAUUUGACAACUGCUCCAGAAUUACAGCCCGCCGCCAGGCCAGGUCGGCCAGAUCGAGAGCUCGCUGGAGCUAGCUGUCGCCGACGUCCCGAUAAACCGGUACGUACGUACGGCCGGAACGUGAGCGAGCGCCCGUGCCAUAGCUGUACGGUAUUAUUGUUAUUGCUGCGCUGCGCUUACACGGCACUGGUCCUGCAAUGCAUGUAAUUUGCCAACUGAAUGUGACAAGAGAUCUUCAUUUCUGUGUCAAGUGUGACAGCUAAAAUUAAUUAGUUAGCACUUCGUCUCAUUAAAGACAUCUUUGCUCUGAUAAAAUCUCCAGAAAACAAAAUGAACGCGUUGAGCAUGCCAUUCACGCCACCAAUCGUGAAGAGGUUGCUUGGAUGGAAGAAGGACAAUUCGGAGGACAAAUGGUCGGAGAAGGCUGUGAAAAGUUUAGUAAAAAAGCUGAAGAAGUCAGGAUGCCUUGAGGAACUUGAGAGAGCUGUUACGACGCAGAACAGCCAAACCAAAUGCAUUACCAUACCUAGAUCUUCAUUUGUGACGAGUGGAGCACAAUUUAUACCACACCCCCAUCCCAAAGCUGCAUCUCUUGAUGGACGUUUGCAAGUGUCUCAUAGGAAGGGACUUCCCCAUGUGAUAUACUGUAGACUAUGGCGUUGGCCUGAUCUUCAAAGCCACCAUGAACUCAAAGCUGUUGAACGUUGUGAAUAUGCCUUUCAUCUUAAAAAAGAUGAAGUCUGUGUCAACCCUUACCACUAUGCACGAGUCGAGACUCCAGUGCUUCCUCCUGUGCUGGUACCAAGACAAACAGAUCUAUCCUUAGAUGUCUCCAGAAAACUACCACAUCUUGAUGAACUCUCUAACAACACAGUACCUGACAAUGCAACAUUUCUGGUUGGUAUGGACACGCAGAGUUCAAGUCAUACACACUCACUUCCUUCAGAAACCCCACCUCCAGGCUAUAUGAGUGAUGAUGGGGAGACUAGUGAACAGAAUAUGGAUACAUCAUCAACAAACAGCAACAACACUGCUCCACAGUCCACCGAAUCCCUUGAUUUGCAGCCAGUGUCGUACUGCGAGCCUCCGUUUUGGUGUUCUAUUGCCUAUUAUGAGAUGCAUCAACGAGUUGGUGAGGCGUUUCAUGCAUCACAACCAUCACUUACCAUUGAUGGAUUUACUGACCCAUCAAGCUCAGAAAGAUUCUGUCUUGGUCUUCUCUCUAAUGUUAACAGAGAUCCACAAGUUGAACAAACACGCAGACAUGUUGGAAAAGGUGUGCGGUUGUACUACAUAGGUGGAGAGGUAUUUGCAGAGUGUUUGAGUGAUAGCAGUAUCUUUGUUCAGAGUCCUAACUGUAAUCAGAGAUAUGGAUGGCAUCCUGCUACAGUGUGUAAGAUUCCACCAGGAUGCAACUUGAAGAUCUUCAACAAUCAGGAGUUUGCAGCCCAGCUCUCUCAGAAUGUAAACCGAGGAUUUGAGGCAGUCUAUGAGUUAACAAGGAUGUGCACCAUCCGUAUGAGCUUUGUAAAAGGAUGGGGAGCAGAGUAUCGACGUCAGACAGUCACUUCAACACCAUGUUGGAUUGAGCUUCACCUGAAUGGACCUCUUCAAUGGUUGGAUAGAGUUCUUACUCAGAUGGUUCCUCCUGAUAAAGUCUGCUCUAGUAUGUCUUAAUCUCUCUCUUCUACCAUUCUAGGUGCUAUCUUGGAUAUUUGUGAAAGAAUCAGAAACAAUGGAAUGAAGGAAUCCAACAAGAAAUGGAGGUUGAAUAAGAGAUAUAAAACUUUGAAAGACUAACAGAUUGUUGUUCGGUUUUAGACAACACCAGAAAGACACAAAGAGUUUAAACCAGAAAAAUGGAAGUCAUCUUCUCAACAUUACGUUUUCCUUGUUCUUAUGCUUUUUGAUUUUCUUGUUUAUGCUAUAUCACCUCUAUGCCAAGGAGAGAGUGUGGACUAGUAUUGAAGUAUGCCUGGAUAUAUGAUAGAAUUCAAGAAGAAUAUACUUUGUAGAGUGAACCUGCUUUGUUAUCAUCAUAUGUACCUUGAUCAUGGUAUGAUAUUGCAAUGGAAGUCAACUGAGAAGAACCUUCAGUUAGAUAUUCAAUAUCAUAAUGGAAUUCUAUUGGAACAACUACACUUUGCAAUUCGUGAAAGGAACGUUUUUUUUUUAAUUCAAAAGAUCUUGCUGUGUUCUGAUGUUAUGCGAGACAAUCAUUAUCAGACAGAAACGUGUUUAAUGUAUGGUUUUACCAGGUUCCAGCAGUUUUUAUAUGCACCCACAAUCUCUGUGAAGAAAAGCUCUCUCAUAUUGGAUAUAUUUCAUUGUAAAUGGCACCCUCGCAAGUAGAUUUUAUCAUGUUGAAAUCAAAAAGUCAGGAGUCAGUGAUGCGAAGUGAUCUCAGCAUUGGAAAACAAAUAAAUAGGUAACUAGCAGCUUUAAACCUGUGAUUCUGUAAUUAACCAAGAAAUAUGAGCUGAAUUAACAACAAAAAAAUGUUGUUGGGUUAGUGGCUUUUUUUGGUUAGUGGCCUUGUUGACUCCAAAGAAUCAUUCAUACUUGAUGCACAAGUGGAAAAUUGGUCUGUUAAAGCCUCUUUUAAUUGAUGAUGAUGGUGUACUUUGAUUUAACAAAAACCAAAGUAUUUAAUGGUAACCAUUUUUCAUGAAUCCUUUUCUGGCUUGCUGUGGUAAUACUAUUUACUGGGAGUCUACUGCAUUCUCAGGAGUAUUUUCAUGCAGCCAACUGUCAGUCAUAUUAACUGUUACAAGCUACUAAAAUUUUUGCUUCUGAUUUGCUAUUUCUCAAUGGUAAUCCAACAGGCAUUGGAAGAGAAAAAGGGCAUACAUAUGACAGAUGGUCAUACACACUACUGUAAAAUAUGUACAUAGACUAAUUUGUUCUCUCUUUUUUAUUGUGAUGGAUGUACAAGCAAGCUCAUGUGUAACUGAUGUGGAUAAGUAGAUGUCUGUAGCAGUUCAUUACAGAUGACUUGAUUCAUUGAAGCUGUAUUAUGAAGUUCUUGCCAAUUUACAACUCUGCUUACAUACAUGGUUAUUUGAUAUUAGCUAGUAGUUUACUCAACUGUUCAAAGAAGAAAUAGAAUAAAUAUAUAGACCCAAACGCAAUAUUAAAGGGGUACUCCAGGCUGAAAAUGAUAUGAUUUGAA